UGCACGGCAGUGAAGUGAGAAGGCUAUCGCGGUGACAACGACUGAUCGUAUGCUUUUUCUGGACAGGUGUAAGAAUGUCGCAUCGCGUGAGAUCGAGUCAUGUCACGAAGAUACCUGGUUGCGACUCCACUGACGAUGAGGACGUCGAUUGUGCCAGUAAAGUAGACAUGUCCAGUCCAACGAGCGAAUUUGAGGAAUCGCUGCACACAAUGUCCGAUAUGUACGGACAAACGCCACCCAGAACUCGUCUCAGUCGUAAGAAAAGACACAUGAAGCAAAAGUUCUCAGGCAGUGAUCUUAAAUCGAUGGAAAAAGAAGCUCGACCGAGAAUCGCUAUUCGCAGGCGCAACACCUUGGAUACUAUUAUCUUCAACGAAAUGUGUGACAAAGCGGACAAAGAUCGCGAGAACGAGGUGAAGGAGGAACCAAAGGAUGGUAGUAGGAAGUGCAAGAGAAGCUUGAAAUUAUUGCGUGGCAAUGAAAGGGACCUAAAGCUCGAUGUAGAAGCUGCUUUCAAUUACGCCGAAAAACACAAUAACGACAUGACAGUGUCGACACCGAAUCAAAUCAAGAUUGAAACUAGAAAUAGAUUUCGGUGUUUACGAUCCAAGCCUGUCGAUGUGGAGGAGAAGAGGGUGGAACGAGUAAUGUUCAGCAAAUGCAUAGAAAUAGAGGAUACAAGCGCGCAGUCGCCUAGAUCACAGAGCUUCAAGGAGAGGGAAAUGUUUCACGACACGUUCUCUUUCUUAAUUAAGUUGGGGAGCACAGAGCGGAAUUGUCGCCGUCAGAUGAGCCAUGAGGAAACUAGGUGGCAGAACGAACUGAAGGAUUUGAUAUGGUUGGAAUUGCAGGCGCAUCAUGCGGACCGUAGCGCGAUGGCGCAAGACGAAUAUUUAUGUCGACAACGGGAGGCGGUGGAAGGUCUAAUUACAGAAAUAAUGGAGUACAGAUACGAUCCCAUCGCGGACGUGCAAGAGGGAAGCUUGGGUUGCAUCAGUCCCGGCGACGUCUCGAGCGAUCGAUCCACGAAUUCCGGUUUGAGUCCGAAUAUUGAAUUGGGCGUGUGCCCAGGCUGCCUUUCCAUGUACUGUCGUGCGUGCGCCCGCGCGCAGGGGGAAGCAUUGCAGCAGAUUGAAGGACUGCUGGCUCGCUUGGAAGCCGCGGAGGCCUUGUAUCCAUCCUCCCAGGCAUUCGCCGCUAAUUACCCGUUGUACAAGAGCGCGGAGUUCACCGAUCGGGUGAAGGCUAUGUGCCUCUGGUACAAUAUGACGAAACACCAUCGGCUCAAAAUACACAUACUGGGCAGAUUGCUCAUGAUGCUGCACGGCAAGAAGAAGCAGGAAGAGUCCACCGACUCCGGCAUCAGUUCGCGAUCCUCAGAUACCGUUGACUCUACGGAACUGCGACAGUGCACGGUGCGAUUUGAAGUACCUCAGCAGGACGAAACCUCCUCCAGUCCUUCCGACAGCAAUAACAGCAACAAUUCUUCGAUCGGAGGCUUAUCGUUUGUAUCGCAAUCAUUACCGCCCACCCCGGAGACUUCGUUCUCGUACAUCGAGGACGAGAGAGUCGAUCGACUCGAUUUCUACUUGGUCGAAUUUGACCGUCACGCUUACAGGAAGUACAUCGAAGAUGUGUUGAAAACGAGAGGUCUCAGCAAAAGUCUGAAUUUCCUCGAUCGACUGCAUACAUCAGUCUUGAGAAAGGCAAGCCUAACUUUAGAAAAACAUGUCUGUAAGGAAUGUAAUAAUGACACGAAUGAAGAAUACGAAGGCGACCGAGAGUUGCGGCGGUACGGCGUUUGGAGCCCCGAGGCGAAGGAAUUGAAUCUACCAUCGUACAGGGCAGCUUUUUUAUUUCUCUCGCGCGUGCCUCUGGACGUGGUUCACGAAUUUCUAAGGAUGAGACUGGAGCAGAAGCCGGAGCAGCCGAGUCCGUUGUCAGUCCGACAGCUCAUGCGGGAGCUUCGCGAGGGUCUCAGGAUUGCUUGUAUCCACCGCGACCGGUUUGCCGCGCAUUCUCGCACUGCCGUCGCCAGCGACGAAGCGGGCUGUGAGAGUCUGUUCAAGGAGGACGUCAAGUAUUUCGACGAGAGCUUGAGGGCCGUGUUCGAGGUGUACCUGGAUUAUCUUCAGCAGUGGGUAGAUAUGGUGCAACAUGACAGCUUCCACAAGAAUCUGAUCAUGGACGAGUGGCUGUUCGUUGAAUCGAUCGCUGGGAAUAUAAGCGAUGGAUAUAACAUUGCUGGCGUGAAAUUCUGUAAAAUUACGCGAACGAUGAUCAAGCAAGUCAACGAGUUCCUCGUCGAACGGUCUCGCGAAAUCCGGGAGAACGCGGAGGAAAAGGAGGAUGACGAGUUGCCGUGCAAUGAACAAUCUGUUAAUAGUGAAACGCAGUUCAGACUUCAUCUUAUGUUUGUGGGUCGCGAGUGGCAGGGAAUGUUUGUGGAGGCUCGGGAGAAGGUCGUGAAGAGCAUCAAUCUGGUCAACUGCUUAAAACGCAGUAUCGAAGAGUGGUCAGUCUUCGAUCGUCAAUUGAUGGAGUCGUUUACACUGUUAAAGAACACAGUCCUGGAUUUGAGGCAUCGCAUAACGGCGGUGAUCGAAGACUUCCAGAGCUGCGCCAAUGAAGUGGAGCAAUCGAACGCUGAUAACGACCAGUCGAUCAUGCUCCCCUUGCGCUCGAGAAUUCGCGAAAUUCUCCAUCAAGCUUAUAGAAUGGGCUUCGACUUUCAUAAGGAGUUAUGCAAGUUGUUCUCGCUGGAAGAGAAGACAAUUCUUGCGCGCGGUCUAGUAUCGUUCGCACUGCUGUGGAUGGAGUUUGUGAGAACGCGAUGCGAGCGUGGCCGCGGUUUGAGACCUAGAUGGGCGAAUCAAGGUCUGGAGUUCCUGAUAACUGUAUGCGAGCCAGACAACACGAAGCAUCUCACGGAUCAGGAGUUUGAGGAACUGAAGACUUGCAUGGAUUGUUGCAUAUCUCACGUGGUGGGAACCGUGUCGGUCUCGGUAUCAACGCCAGAGACAGAAGGUUUAAGAAGACUGUCGCGAUCAAGAGCUUCAUCGCCAUGCCAUAAUCGUACUAGAACUGCGAGCUUUAGCCUUUCUCAGAAACCACGAGAUGCCAUGAAGUCGCCUGAACUAUUUGUCAAUAUGAAGAAAUCCAGCUCGCCGAGCAUGGUCGACGGGAAUCUUUCUGUGAUAAUAAACACGCCUGAGCGGGGCACGCAGAGACACGAGAGGGUCGUCCGCGCCGUCAGAAAGGUGGAGUGCGAACUCGACGAAAGACUGCGGAGUCAUGAACUCAUUGGACAAAUUAUUGACAGGAAGACGGUCGACAGAGUUCGCAUUAAGGCGAGACGAGUCACGUUUACUUGGCAGCGGGGUAUUAAAAUAGGUCAAGGAAGGUUCGGUAAAGUGUACACUGUGGUAAACAACCAAACCGGUGAGCUGCUGGCUAUGAAAGAGGUGCAGCUGCAACCCGGCGAUCACAGAGCGAUCAGGCGCGUUGCCGAGGAAUUGCAGAUUUUCGAAGGAAUCCAGCAUCGACAUCUAGUGCGAUAUUACGGAUUAGAAAUUCACCGUGAGGAGAUGCUGAUUUUUAUGGAAUUCUGUGCAGAAGGGACUCUUGAAAGCUUAGUAGCAGGUAGCGGAAACGGAUUGCCAGAAUCCUUAGUCAGAAAAUACACUUAUCAACUUCUUUCGGCUGUCGCAGCGUUGCAUUCUCACGGAAUAGUUCAUCGAGAUAUCAAAACUGCAAAUAUUUUUCUAACAGACGAAGGUAAUUCUUUGAAACUCGGCGACUUUGGUAGUGCAGUGCAAAUUAAAGCGCACACAACCAUGCCUGGAGAACUUCAAGGUUUUGUCGGCACACAAGCUUAUAUGGCGCCAGAAGUAUUUAUGAAGUCUGAAAGCAGCGGACACGGUAGAGCUGUCGAUAUCUGGUCGGUGGGUUGUUGCAUUAUUGAGAUGGCGAGCGGAAGACGACCGUGGUCAGAUUAUGACUCAAAUUAUCAAAUCAUGUUCAAGGUCGGAAUGGGAGAAACGCCAGCGCUGCCAAAGAAUCUUGCUGCGGAAGGCAUCGACCUUGUGAAGAAGUGCUUGCAGCACGAGCCAAAGAAAAGGCCGACAGCGAAUUCUCUUCUCGCCCAUUUCUUCGCACGAGGAGAACACGAGGAUAAUGUUAUUGUGGAUACUAGUAGAAUUUGAUGUCGGUUUUUGAGGCGGAACUUCCACAAUUGAAGGAGAUUGAGUCAAAGCGUCCAAUGUGGAGUUGACCAUAAUGUCAUCG